CCCACAGCCCCCUGAAGCUCCAACAACAACAACCAUUCUAAUACCCAGUAACAAAUCCUUAGUUACGGGACUACGACACCCCAACAUCCGUCCAACGUCCUCUGCAACUGCGGAGAUAUUCUCCGAAGCAGCAGUUCCCGUGUCGCUCCUUGUCAGUUCCCACAAGCGGGAACCAUCUUUUUUCUUCUCUGCCUUAUGCAUCCAUCCCUCUGCCUCGGGCGCGUUUACUUGACGUUUAUGUUCUCUGGCACUGUGUCAUCACAAUUUCAGGCUGCGACUAUUCUGUGGAUGUAAUGUAGUGGUGGUUCAGAUUUACCUUCCAAAAUGGCGCAGUGUGGCACUGCUCUAGUCCAAUUCUCAUUGGCAAAGUUACAUGGGGAUGGCUAUGGAACUUCUCGAGGUUUCUCCUCUGUCAUGGUUUCCUACUCUUUCGCCAGCCUUCUAUCGCUCCCUCUUCCAUUAAAUGUUGGACUAAGGUCGUGCUCCAUGAGGAAGAUAAGAUGCCACAGAAGCACGGGAGAAUUCUUACUUCCAAUUAUCAGUAGAUUGCCUGUGGGGAGAUGUCCCCAACGAAGUCCUCGAGGACAGGUGCGUGCUGCAAGUGUGAGGAACGAAUCAGAGACAUCGGCACCAAAUUCAGUAGCAAUCGAUGCUAGGGAUUUGGGACUGACUGUCACUGGAGACAAAGGCGAGGACGUCGUUGUUCUGAAAGGAUGUUCAAUGCAGAUACCAGAAGGGCAACUGUGGAUGUUGCUGGGACCCAAUGGCUGUGGGAAGUCCACCCUCUUGAAGGCGUUGACAGGACUCUUGCGGCCAAAUCGUGGGAAGCUGUACAUUGUAGGACCUCGCAGCUUUGUGUUCCAGAAUCCUGAUCAUCAGGUUGUGAUGCCAACAGCGGAGGCAGACGUUGCCUUUGGGUUAGGGCACCUGGACCUAUCAGAGGAGGAAGUAAAAGCGCGAGUGCACAGCUCAUUAGAAGCUGUGGGCAUGAAUGAAUAUGGGCAGAGACCUGUACAAACCUUAAGUGGUGGCCAGAAACAAAGAGUGGCAAUUGCUGGUGCAUUGGCUGAGUCGAGCCGCGUGUUGUUGCUGGACGAACUCACUACCUUCCUUGAUGAAUCAGACCAGAUGGGAGUUUUGGAAGCAGUGCGAAAUGUGGUCGGAGGAUCAGUCACCGCAUUGUGGGUGACUCAUCGUUUGGAAGAACUGGAUUACGCCGACGGUGCUGUUUACAUGGAAAACGGCAGGGUUGUGCUUUCGGGGGCUGUGGAAGAGGUGAAACGUUACAUUCUUAAACAGCAAGAGGACAUGAGCAGGAAUGGUGCGUUGAGAUAGUAUUUCGGGUGAACCAGGCUUUGUCUCAGCUGCCGACGAUCUGAUCAGGCCUUUUGAACCCUCCCCGACCUUGUUUCCAGGUUUUGUAGUUGCAAAGGUUUUAUUCACAUUCAAAGUAUUCAGUCGUCUGCACUCAAGAAAUUGUACAGACGCUUGUAGAGCAAUAGGACGCUGAGCUGAUAACUUCCCCUUGCAAUCUGUUGUCAUUUAGUAGGUCUUUUUGGCAGCAUUUCCAGCUCCCAAAGCCGCUGCUGAAUGAUUGUAAAUUUCGGAAUCACAACAACCAUUGAUAUAGUGCUUCCUACGAGACUCGCUUUCACAGCU